AUGCUAAAACCCAUCUGUCUUCACUGCACAGCCAACAUGUUGGACACGAUGCUGCUGAAGAACGGAUGGAAGGGCGGGUCGGAGCGACGGGCGGAGGAGAGCAGCAGCACAGCCACCGUCUCGCUCCAGAACAUGCUUUGGUGCCACUGCUACCCGCACUGCCCCGAAGACUCCGUCAACAACACCUGCAUGACUGACGGUUACUGCUUCACUAUGGUGGAGGAGGAGGAGGGGGGUCUUGCUGUUCUCACCGCAGGUUGUUUGCGACUGGCCGGAUCAGAGUUCCAGUGCAGAGACACGUGGAACGCGCGUUCGAGGAGAUCUCUGGAGUGCUGCACGGAUCAGGACUACUGCAACAGAGACUUGCAUCCGACUCUCCCUCCGCUCGUGACGUCAGACUAUGUGGACCGCAGCAUCCAGUACAUGGCUCUCUUCAUUUCAGUCACAGUUUGCAGCAUCAUCCUUGGUGUCAUCCUUGUUUUCUGCUACUUUCGAUAUAAACGUCAGGAGUCGCGGCCGCGCUACAGCAUCGAUCUGGAGCAGGAUGAGACCUACAUUCCCCCGGGGGAGUCUCUGAAGGACCUGAUCGAGCAUUCCCGCAGCAUCGGCUCUGGUUCUGGGUCAGGACUCCCUCUACUGGUGCAGCGUACCAUCGCCAAGCAAAUUCAGAUGGUCAAGCAGAUUGGAAAAGGGCGAUACGGAGAAGUGUGGAUGGGCAAAUGGAGAGGAGAGAGAGUGGCCGUCAAAGUGUUCUUCACCACUGAGGAAGAGAGCUGGUUCAGAGAGACUGAAAUCUAUCAGACCUUCCUGAUGAGACAUGACAAUAUACUGGGAUUCAUAGCAGCUGACAUCAAAGGAACCGGCUCGUGGACUCAGCUCUACCUAAUUACGGACUACCACGAGAACGGAUCUCUGUACGACUACCUCAAGUCCAACACCUUAGACGUCAAGGCUCUGCUGAAGCUGGCUUAUUCCUCCAUAUCGGGCCUCUGCCACCUGCACACCGCCAUCUACGGCACGCAGGGCAAGCCAGCCAUCGCACACAGAGACCUGAAGAGUAAAAACAUCCUGGUAAAGAAGAACGGAUCCUGCUGUAUUGCAGAUCUGGGCCUGGCUGUCAAGUUUAACAGUGACACCAAUGAAGUCGAUAUCCCAACUAACCUACGAGUCGGCACGAAGCGCUACAUGCCGCCUGAAGUGUUGGACGAGACCCUGAACAGGAGCGACGUCCAGUCGUUUAUAAUGGCAGACAUGUAUAGUUUUGGACUUAUUGUUUGGGAGAUGGCUCGACGCUGCAUCUCUGGAGGCAUUGUGGAGGAGUAUCAGCUGCCCUAUCAUGACCUCGUUCCCACCGAUCCUUCCUAUGAGGACAUGAAAGAAGUGGUUUGCAUCAAGAAACAAAGACCGUCAUUUGCUAAUCGCUGGAGCAGUGACGAGUGUCUACGACAGAUGGGGAAGCUGAUGUCGGAGUGCUGGGCCCAUAACCCGGCAUGUCGCCUCACAGCCCUGAGGGUGAAGAAGACCCUGGCGAAGAUGUUAGAGUCCCAAGAUAUCAAACUGUGACAGAGAGUCGAGAGAGAUGCUCUCGUCACCCACAGACUUGUCAUUGCCACUGGCACAGGCCACUCACAUGGCCAACAGAAGAAAGGGAAAAAAAAUAAAUAAGAAAUGAGACUGUGAAUGAUAGAACAAAGGAAGCUGACGAGGAGGGCGAGUGACAGUGAUGAUGCUCACUGUGGAGCCAGAAAAAUGAGGAGCAAAAGAUUUAUUACUAUGUCAGGGGACAUCUUGCCCUUCCAUUGUCUGAGCCGCCGCCUCUGACUCGGUGUUCAGGUUGUGCUUUCCGUGAAAGCUCAGUGUUUGUCAGGUCCAGACCGUCCAGGUGAAGGACCGUCGCAGGAGAGGACUACAAUCCCUCUGAUCGCUUUGAAACAGAGGAAGCUCCUGCUUUGCUCUUCUGAAGCCAUAUAGCAGCAGUUUGUGGGCAGUCUUUUGUACUGUCACAGCUGCCUUUGUGUGUGUGUUUUUGUUUGUUGUGAAGAUACAGCAGACUGUUCGAAGUUCACUGUCAGCUCCAUGAUGAAUGAUGACUGUCAUCCAUCCAAAGAAAUUCAGGCUCAGUGACCUCAUUGUGGAAAACAUUAUUAUUAUUAUUAUUGUUAUUAUUAAUAUAGAGCAAAGCAGAGUACGACUAUAUUAAAAACAUCUCCUGCAGAAACAGCCAGGAUAUAUUGGGGUUUUUUUUCCUAUUGAGUUUUCUUGACACAAUUUCUCAGUAUGUUUUGUUUCAAUAUUGAAAUAAGACCUCCAGUAAAACCAUAUUUCAAGCCUCACAGAGCAGAGGCCUCAUUCUCCCUCAUUCUUUCCACUCACAAUUCAUUUGUACAAAGUUGAUCUGAGAUCUAUUAAGCAUUGCCUUGCUGGAUGUUGAAAUGUUUUUGAUCCGUGUACAGAAUAUGUCCCGUCCACUCCACCACUACGGCACGUGCCUUAUUUAAUCUGUACAUAUGUGAUUAAUGACAGUGUGUGAGUGGAUCUGGAUAACAUUCCCCCAAUAAAACAAAUACAAACGU